CCUGUCCACUUUUAUGAGCACGGCGUGUUGCUAGGCAACCGCUCCCCUCCGGGCAACUUCCGCUUCCCUGCACGAACACUUCCGGGAUCCCAACCUAUGGAGUUCAACUUCCGUCGAACCCUACCGGUCACAUGAUGUCGAGGCCGGAAGAGACGUGGCAGUGACGUCAGCGCGGCCGGUGGAUCCCGGUAACGGCGCCAGGCCCCGACCCGAGCCCCGCCGAUGAACGCGCGGCGCCGGCACGGCUCCAGGCAGCGGGAACCGGGCGUCUACGUGGGCCCCCCCCAGACACAAACCGUGACCCCCCCGCACACGCCCCCCCCGCCGCCACCGACGGUUCUCGCCGCGCCCCCCCCCCCGGGACCGGACGUCAUGUCGUGUCGCGAUCGCACCCACGAGUUUCUGUCCGCCUGUAAAUCGCUGCAGGGGCGGCAGGACGGGGCCCAGCCCGGGAGAGCGGCGCCGGGGGCCGGGCGGCAGCGCAGCGAGUUCAGCCUCAUGGCCAAGCGCAUCGGGAAGGAUCUGAGCAACACCUUUGCCAAGCUGGAGAAGCUGACGAUCCUGGCCAAGAGGAAAUCGCUGUUCGAUGACAAAGCCGUGGAGAUCGAGGAGCUCACCUACAUCAUCAAGCAGGACAUCAACAGCCUGAACAAGCAGAUCGCACAGCUGCAGGAGGUGGUGCGGGCGCGGGGGGGGCAGAGCGGGCGCCACGUCCAGACCCACUCCAACACCGUGGUCGUGUCGCUGCAGUCCAAACUGGCUUCAAUGUCCAAUGACUUCAAGUCGGUGCUGGAGGUGCGCACGGAGAACCUGAAGCAGCAGCGCAGCCGCCGCGAGCACUUCUCCCGCGCCCCCGUGUCCGCGCUGCCGCUCGCUGCCGGCAACAUGGGCAGCUCAGCGGUGCUGCAGGACGAGCCCCAGCGCGCCGGCUCCGUGGCCAUCGAGAUGGACACACGGACGAGCCAACAGCUCCAACUGAUCGAUGAGCAGGAUUCCUACAUCCAGAGCCGGGCGGACACGAUGCAGAACAUCGAAUCCACCAUCGUGGAGCUGGGAUCCAUCUUCCAGCAGUUGGCUCACAUGGUGAAGGAGCAAGAGGAGACGAUCCAGAGGAUCGAUGCGAGCGUGGAGGACGCGCAGCUGAACGUGGAGGCAGCUCACGGGGAGAUCCUCAAGUACUUCCAGUCGGUCACCUCCAACCGGUGGUUGAUGGUCAAGAUCUUCCUCAUCCUCAUCGUCUUCUUCAUCGUCUUCGUCGUCUUCCUGGCCUGAGGGUCGUCUUCCCUUCCCUAUCCCGUCGGAUGGGACAGAUGGACUCAAUCCGCGCUCUGUGGGGCUCGGAACUGGACGCUGCUGUGGGGAUGGGGUCUGCUGGGACCCCCCAAGUGCCCUCGGGGGCCCCAGAGUGCCCCUGGAGACCCCCACAUGCCCCCGGGGACCCCCUCGUUGUCCACCUCAGGGUUGGGGGGGCAGCACCCAGCUCCCCUCCUGCAGGUCUCACAGCCUACGCCGAGGCUGGUCCCUGUUCCCAGCCGGUCAUGGUGGCUGCAGACCCCCUGGGAGGGGCGGGAAUACCAGGAACGCUGCCACCCCCCCCCCCGGGGCGGCUGCAGCCCCCCCUUAAAGCUGUGGGACCCCCUGGAGUGGGGGCUGUGAACCCCCUUGGGGAGCUGCAGAGCCCCUUAAAACUGUGGGACCCUGGGGGGGGUGAGCUGUGGACCCCGGUAGGGCCCCUGGGGGGUUGUGGGACCCUCGGGGGGGGGGCUGAAGACCCCCAUUAAACUCUUUGGACCCCCUUCAAACUGUGAGACCCCCUGCAUGGGGGGGGGCUGUGGAUGGCAGUAGGGCCUCUGGGACCCCCGGUGGGGUCUGAAUACCCCCAUUAAGCCCCUUGGACCCUCUUUGGGGUGCUGCAGCCCCCAUUAAAGCUGUGGGACCCCAUGGGUGCCCCCCGCCUC